UCAAGGACCUGUUCGCACGCCUCGGGAGUUGCCACACCAGGGCGAACAUCGAGCUGCCAGGUUUUAUUCCGGUGCGUUUGGAAUAUGCCAUCACACCCCAUACGCUUCGGACGUCAGGGUGAGGUGAAUAAGCCGAAGCUUAUCCACGAACAUGGCAGGGACUCCAGUGGGGCAGCAUGGCCGGACAUUCCAUGCUUUUCUUACUCCGUACCGAUGACCGUGUGAUCCUUCAGAACUCAGCUAAGAGCCCAGAGACGAAGUCUCCGCAUAGCGCCUUCGUUCAUCCAGCACGGCCACCGGGCUCACCCCACCCGCGCCCUCCGAGAGCCGGGACACAUUGGAUGCACACCAUCCAAAGGCUCACUCCCGUCAGGGGAAGUCAUCCUAUCUACCAUAAAGGUAAACAGGUUCACUCCGAUCCCCGAAUUGGAAGAUCGCACGUCCCUGCACCUCUGUGCCUAAGGGUUUUUUUGGAUCCCGCUCAAACGGUCCCAACGGACCUCGCGGUACUACCCCAUAACCAAAAUUCAGAAGGAAUUAUGCUUAAAAUAGUGAAAAAUUCCAAAUCCAUAUAUAAAAACUUAAUUGAAAUAUUAUAUAUUUCUACGAUUUUUGGGUUUUUUAAUUUCAUCAUAACUUUUUAAAGGAUCAGCCGAUCUGGAUGAAAUUUGGUACGAAUAUGUAAUCGAAUAUGGGGAAUUUUUUAAAAAAAGUUUCAAAAGGGUCAGUUGAGUCUGGGCGGUGAUAUUUGAGUCUAAGUGUCAAAAAUGUUUGGAAAUUUUUUCGGGUCAAAAAAUUGAAAUGUGACUUAAAUAGCCUAUCUUGUAGAGCAACUUCAGCUGACUCCAAAAAUAUAUGGUUUGUAUGGGUUACAAUUGAGUCUCCGGGAGAUAUAAGUAGAAGAAAGUAUCCGAGACUCAAACUGCCAGUUUGACUCAAACAUCGCGGAAAAAUUUUUUAAAAAUUUUCUGACAACGGAUUUGAAUUCUCCAUGUAUUAUUCCACUAUAAAACACCUUUUUUGUUAAAAUUUGGCAAAUUGGACUCAGUAAUUUACAAAAGUGUUUAUUAUUUUGGUAUAUUUUUUCGGUUAUUUUUCACAAUUAAACCGUAAUAACUUUUUAACAGAUAAUCAGAUCUGUGAGAAAAAUUGUCAAAAUAUGAACUCAAAUAUGGGGAAUUUUUUAAGAUUUAUUUCAACAGCGUCGGUUGAGAUUUGACUUGAAUAUUCAUGUCAACCGAAGUCUAGUUUUGUAAUUUUGUCUUUUUUGCCAAAUUUUGACAUUUUGAUGGAUCACAACUCCCGAAUGGAUAGACCGUUUUACAAAAUUUUACAGUCAUUUAAUAGAGAAUUUGCUGCUGAUUCGCAAUAGUCAAAUUCAUAUUUUUCUGUUUUGUCUUCCUGACGAAAGUUCGAAAAAACGGGCAAAAAAUCGAAAAAAAUUAAAAAAGGGGUAUUUCGACAUUUUGUCGAACCAUAAUUCUGGAACGGACAAUCCGGUUGAACCAAUUUUUACGUCAUUUGACAGAGAAUUAC